CAUAUACUGUCCAUUAGACUCUAUUCAUUUAUACCAGGUUACCUUCAGACCAGUCCUGUAUUAGAUCAGGAUAUAACUAGGAAUGACCCAUAUACUGUCCAUUAGACUCUAUUCAUUUAUACCAGGUUACCUUCAGACCAGUCCUGUAUUAGAUCAGGAUAUAAUUUAUUUAUACCAGGUUACCUUCUAUAACACUGAUGGGUCAACUGUUUCUCACAGAUGGUUUUAAUGGUUAUACUGUAUAUUAAUUUGUUUUAAAAACAUUAAAAAUAACUUUAAAUACUUUAGCUUUUUAAAGAUUAUUUUUGUAAUUAAUUUAUACAUUUGUUUUCUUUUUUGUCUACAGAGAAGAAGCGUAGAGAACUACUGGAAGAACAAGGAGCCAUAUUUGUGGACGUCCAUAAGGAUCAACUCAUUCAGAAGGUUACCAAGGUGAAGCCCAUCAUGUAUGAGCUGUUCUAUGAGUUGUACUGUGACAUCAGUAUCAAUGAGAUGACCCGCCAGGACCAGAUGAGACAGUUGUACCAGGCCCUAGAAGAAGCAAAAGACUCAAGGAGGGUGAAAUUAGACUUUUACAGGAUUCUCCUGGAUCUGGAAUCUAACCUUGUCAGAGACUUGGAUUCAAGUGAGGAAGUCCAUUACCUUUAUGAUCUUCAAAACCUGACUGGACAGCUGGAGGAGGUCAGAAAAGAAAACGAUUCAAAUGAGGAAGAACGUUACCUUUAUGAUCUUCAAAACCUGUCAAGACAGCUGGAGGAGGUCAGAAUAGAGAACGAUGAUCUUCAAAACCUGUCAAGACAGCUGGAGGAGGUCAAAGGAGAGAGGGAUGAACUCAAAGGAGAGCUGAAGGAGGUCAAAGGAGAGAGGGAUGAACUCAAAGAAGAACUGAGGAAAGCUAGAGAGACCAUCCAAUCCCUCUCCACCUCUCCAGGAGGUCAACAGGAAACACAGACUCCUUCCCAAAAGUCUAAGAGGAUUGAAGGGAUGGAGAUGAAGUCUUUACCUGGUUCAGGGUCUUUACCUGAGAAGAGGCCUUUACUGGGUCCUGGACCACAGAAUGAUGAUCUGGAUGAGAUGGAGAGGGGAGGAAGAGUUACUAUAGACAAUAACUCUAUGCUAUAGGGUUACUAUAGAGGGACUAUAACUCUAUGCUAUAGGGUUACUAUAGAGAGACUAUAACUAUAGAGCUGAGUUACUAUAGAGAGACUAUAACUAUAUGCUCUAGGGUUACUAUAGAGAGACAAUAACUAUAUGCUAUAGGGUUACUAUAGAGAGACAAUAACUAUAUGCUAUAGGGUUACUAUAGAGAGACUAUAACUCUAUGCUAUAGGGUUACUAUAGAGAGACUAUAACUAUAUGCUCUAGGGUUACUAUAGAGAGACAAUAACUAUAUGCUAUAGGGUUACUAUAGAGAGACUAUAACUAUAGAGCUGAGUUACUAUAGAGAGACUAUAACUAUAUGCUAUAGGGUUACUAUAGAGAGACUAUAACAAUAUGCUAUAGGGUUACUAUAGAGAGACUAUAACUAUAGAGCUGAGUUACUAUAGAGAGACUAUAACUAUAUGCUAUAGGGUUACUAUAGAGAGACUAUAACUAUAGAGCUGAGUUACUAUAGAGAGACUAUAACUAUAUGCUAUAGGGUUACUAUAGAGAGACUAUAACUUUCUAUAGAGACCUGUCCCACCUAACAAAGCUGGGUUAUUAUAGAGAGACUAUAACUAUAGAGUUUGAAUGGAAUAAUGGACUAAUGUCUCAUUAUUGUAAUGUAUCAGGUAUAUCAACCAGACCACAGGACUAAUGUCUCCUGGUACAGACUCUCUUAUGUCCAGUACCUGAUCAUCAGGUAUAUCAACCAGACCACAGGACUAAUGUCUCCUGGUACAGACUCUCUUAUGUCCAGUACCUGAUCAUCAGGUAUAUCAACCAGACCACAGGACUAAUGUCUCCUGGUACAGACUCUCUUAUGUCCAGUACCUGAUCAUCAGGUAUAUCAACCAGACCACAGGACUAAUGUCUCCUGGUACAGACUCUCUUAUGUCCAGUUAGAAUUUGUUGAAAUGUUUAUAUUGUAGCUUCAACCUGUCAGCUUCUAUUGUAGCUUCAACCUGUCAGCUUCUAUUGUAGCUUUAACCUGUCAGCUUCAACCUGUCAUCUUCUAUUGUAGCUUCUAUUGUAGCUUCAACCUGUCAGCUUCUAUUGUAGCUUCAACCUGUCAGCUUCUAUUGUAGCUUCAACCUGUCAACUUCAACCUGCUUCUGUGAACAAGACUGAUAAAACCAUUUAUUGAAAUGUUUAUAUUUUAGCUUCAUGUCAAUGUGCCAGUUUUUUAUUUGACUUUAAGUGUUAAAUUUUGCUCUACUUUUUUAUUGUCACCUUGAUUAUAUACAGAGGGGUCAAAUUAUUGACACCCUUGCUGAAGAUCAUGACUAUAUUAAAUAAAUAAUGUACUGACCUAUUGUAUGCUCAAAAUACAUUGUAAAUUAUAUUAUUUUAAAAUAAUAUAAUUGUUCAGAGAAAUAUAUGUUUGUGUAAUGUAUUUUUGUUGUAAAAGGUUAGGGGUCAAAAUGAUUGACAGCCAAAAUCUACAGGAGUGUGAUGAUGUCAUUGCUAUGAAUAUAGAACCAGAUACUGACCUUGUGACUAGUUUAUUACUCUUUAGGGGGGUCAAUCAUUUAGAAAAUAAAUACUACUUGUUAAACUAAAUAUUUUAAUCAGAUCAAUCGUAUUAGUAUAAAAUAAUAUAAUUGACAUGUUGUUGAGCAGAUGAUAGAGCUCAGUAUUUAAAUUAUUCAUCUAUAAGUCCAGACCCACUGUAUAUUAUAUAUUGAUCAUGUUUAUACAGUCAUUAUUAUCUUUAUCAAGGGUGUCUAUAAUUCCAGACCCACUGUAUAUUAUAUAUUGAUCAUGUAUAUACAGUCAGUAUUAUCUUUAUCAAGGGUGUCUAUAAUUCCAGACCCACUGUAUAUUAUAUAUUGAUGUAUUUUAUACAGUCAUUAUUAUCUUCAUCAAGGGUGUCUAUAAUUCCAGACCCACUGUAUAUUAUAUAUUGAUGUAUUUUAUACAGUCAUUAUUGUCUUCAUCAAGGGUGUCUAUAAUUCCAGACCCACUGUAUAUUAUAUAUUGAUGUAUUUUAUACAGUCAUUAUUAUCUUUAUCAAGGGUGUCUAUAAUUCCAGACCCACUGUAUAUUAUAUAUAGAUGUAUUUUAUACAGUCAUUAUCUUUAUCAAGGGUGUCUAUAAUUCCAGACCCACUAUAUAUUAUAUAUUGAUGUAUUUUAUACAGUCAUUAUUAUCUUUAUCAAGGGUGUCUAUAAUUCCAGACCCACUGUAUAUUAUAUAUUGAUGUAUUUUAUACAGUCAUUAUUAUCUUUAUCAAGGGUGUCUAUAAUUCCAGACCCACUGUAUAUUAUAUAUUGAUGUAUUUUAUACAGUCAUUAUUAUCUUUAUCAAGGGUGUCUAUAAUUCCAGACCCACUGUAUAUUAUAUAUUGAUCAUGUUUAUACAGUUGAAUGGUAUUUUCCAUGUAUUGAUGAUUUAUUGUUUUAAUAAACUAUGACACCAUUGUGUCAGAACGUGA